CCCGGGAAGGGGACCCCAAAAGAAGCUCAAGAAAUUGCCUUGGGGGCAAAGCGAAGCGCUCCUGGUAACCCGCCCUCCCUCGUCACGUGACCACGCCAGGCGGAAAGAGGGAAUUUAAGCCCCCGGACGCCGGGACAGGAGCAACGAUGCUACCCAAACCUGGGAUCUAUUACCUCCCCUGGGAGGUCAGUACCGGCCAAGUUCCUGAUGGGGACACUCUGAGAACGUACGGCAGGUUGCACAGCUAUGACAUGACCCAGUCCCGAGUGACCCUUACGGCUCAGCACGGAUCUGACCAGCACCGGAUCCUCGUCUGUACCAAGUUGGUGGAACCAUUCCAAGCCCAGAUGGGCUCUCUCUACACUGUCCUUGGGGAGCUUGAGCACCAGAGGGAUGGAGGCUCCAUGGUGAAGGCCCGGGUGCUGACUUGUGUGGAAGGAAUGAAUCUACCCUUGUUAGAACAAGCCAUCCGGGAGCAGAGGAUGUACCAGCAAGAGAGGGACAGCAGUCAGUAGAAAAUGGCAACUUCUGGCAACCCCCACCCCUACCCCGGCCCCAGCACCUCCUACCUGCACUGGAGAUGCCAGAGCUGCUGCAGAAGUCACAGGAAGUUCCCGGAGUGCCAGCCUUUGGAGCUGGAGAGAAGAGGGGUGGGUUGUUCAUUGGAAUUGUCCAAGAAAUGAGACUCUAGAGAUCACGCACCAGGACCUGACACCUAUAGCCCCGCCGAGGCUGGGCCCUGGGGCGCUGGAGGCUGGGCCUCGCGUGGGCUUAUGGAGGGUUCCAGAAGGUCCAUGUGAAUAAAGCCCUGGUGGUGUGACA